UAUUACCUAUGAAGAUUUGAAUAGGCUCGUAUAUAUAGAAGCGGUUAUAAAAGAAGUACUAAGGCUUAGACCGGCAACAUUGACAAUCUCGCGUUUUUCGGCAUAUCGUGAUCAAUUUGACGGGUACGAAAUUCCCUCAUCGACACAAGUUGCAAUAAACGUUGUCGGUUUACACAAGAAUCAAAAUUAUUGGAACGAACCCGAAAAUUUUAAUCCCUCAAGAUUUUUAGAAACCAGCGUUGAUAAGAACUAUAACAGAAAUGCAUUUAUGUAUUUUGGCGGUGGAUUACGCACAUGCCCAGCUAAACAAUUCGCAAUGGUAGAACUCAAAAUGAUGGUAGUUUUGCUGUACAAUAAAUACGCUUUUGAAGUAACCACUAAAAAUCCUUCAACGAAUUACAAUGUUAAUCUUCAAUGCGAAGAGCUAAUGAUUAGGAUUAAACACAGAAGAUAG